UAAGCUCAAUCAAUGGAAGGCUAUGAAGAAGACGAUGACACUCAUUUCUGCAUCAAGUGUAAUUUGACAAUUCAUGGGCUCGACAAUUAUGUGCAGCAUCGUCGAUCAGGCUGCCGACCAUCGGAUGCUAAAAUCGAGAUGGUUCACGAGCCACCUUCGACGCCGACAACGGUGUCCUAUCCCGAAUGUCUAAACGCAGACGCAUUCUUCAGCUCGUUAGAAUUACAGAGUAACACCCGACAACGAGCGACAACUUUACUGGAUAACAGAAAAUUCAAGAAAGAUGACAAAAGAAAGAAAGACCAGAAAGGUCAGGUGGAUGGUGAUGAGCCCGGCACGAAGGAUAAACUUCACAGCAUGUUACCCGCGGUCAGCGAUCUGGACGAACCGCCCGAUCUGUGCAUCCAGUCCCUCAAGCCGACAACCCUCGAACGAAAGAGGCACGAGAAUCAGCAGAGUUGGUUAGAUGACACCAUUCUCGCUGACCUUUCUUUGGGGAAUAGCGCGAACAAGAAGCUGGCGAGAUACGACUUCGAGUACGAUGACUCCGAAGACGAUAUCCUGGAGGGGGAAUUGGGGGAAGAUUCCUAUUCGGAUUCAGAUGACGGCGAAAAUCCACGGGAAGGUCCACCGCGAGAUCACACUGGUGGAAAGUGGAAGCCCGGACUGGACGAUUUGCCGCAGGACACGCCGCAUAUGCAUGAGGAGGAUGCAGCAGAGCCCGACAAUGAUCAUCAGGAACAUCCCCCGCCAACAUAUACUGGCGGUAAAUGGCGACCCGCGGAGACAUCACAAAAGGUCGAGGAAUACGAAAGCAAGGACACAUCCGGACAGCCGCCGCCAGGAUACACGCGAGGGAAAUGGGUACCGGGUGCACGAACGGAUAUCGAGUCGGGAUAUUGGUGCAAUCCUUGCGGCAGGAAGCUCGCAUCGCGAUUGGUUUACAACAGGCAUCUGCUCUCUGAUUUGCACGCCAGGAGGAGCAUUAGAGAACUUGACGGUGGAGCUCUCCAUCUACGGCGCGGAAUAAAUUCGCACGCAAGAGUGUCCAGAAGAGUGUCCACUCGUAAAAAGAUUUCGAGGACGAAGGAAGAGCCCGAGCAAAAGAAAGUUAAGAAAGGUCUGCGUCAAAGGGAGAAGGAGAGAAUUCUCUGCGAGAUGUGCCGCACGCGCGUGAGGAGGCCUCAAAUGGGUAAACAUUUGCUUUCCCAUUACCAUUGCCGUGUGUCAGGUGUCCUCGUGAAUCCACGCAAUCCAAGCGUACGCCGUUUCCUUCUGGAGCACAUAGCGAACGUGGUUCGACAAAGCCCCUUCCAAUGUGCUUCUUGUCGUUUUUACUGCAACACCGAGGAGACGUUUCUGCUUCAUUGGCGUUCCGAUCUUCACUCUAAGACCGUAGAACAGAUCAGCGGCAGUUGCCGAUGCACUCCGUGUAACUUCUGGUGCGCAGACAACGCGACAAUGGAGUCUCACCUUCUAAGUACGAGUCAUCGUGACGUCGUAUCGAUGAUGAAGGGUUCCGUGCCGGUGGUAAUUAGUCGUCAACGUAUGUUAUCCUGCUGCAGUUGUGAUCGGCAAUUUCAAUACAACUUCCAGCUGCGGUUGCACGCCAAAGAGACUGGUCACACCGUGAGCCAUACCGCGUCGGACGUGUAUCAACAGCGCAUGAAGUGCGAUAUAUGCUCCCAAGUCCUCCGGUCCUUAGUCGCGCUUCAGCGUCAUCAGCUGACCAGUCACAUCGCCAAGGACAAAGAGAAAGGCGAGAUCGCGACAGACGCGCGACCAGCGCCGUACUUCUGUUCCUUCUGUUUGAUGAACUUCACUACCGCCCAAGAAGCAGUUCUGCAUCGGAGAACCACUAGUCACAAGGAAGCCGUAAAAGCACGCAAAAGCGAGGCAGGUCUAUUAGACACAGUGCGGGAGUGUCCUCACUGUGAUCAAAAGCAGCCGAAUCUCGCGGCGCAUAAGAGUCAUCUUCUUCUUUGUCAUCCAGAGCUUUGCCAUCGAUGUCCUCGAUGUGGCACGCUUUUCGCCCUGUCACAAGACGUCACUAGGCACACGCGAGAAGGUAAUUGUUUGAAGAACGAUGCACUGAACGCUGCUGAAACUGAAAGUAACGAGAAAGAAUGGAAAUGUAAGGAGUGCAUCUUUUCCACGGAUUCCAAAGCCGAAUUCAUUUUUCACGAAGCCCUGCAUACCGGUGCCGUUCAAGAAACGGAUAAAAAGACUUCGAGCAAAUUGCCGAAAUAUAAGUGCCCGACUUGUGCGAAGAUUUUCCCGAAACCAUCACUACGAAAUCACAUUAGGCAGCAUACUGGAGAAAAACCCUUUUCAUGUAUGAAGUGUUCGAUCUCAUUCUCGAGAAGAUCGCACCUCAUUAUUCAUCAGAGGAUAUGCAAUACUUCGUCGAAAUCUCUGGACAAAACUGGUCGUCGGCGGAACUUCAUCUGUUCGCAUUGCAAAGAAGGCUUCUACACAAAACAUGCCCUUCGACAGCACAUGCUGCGACACGCUGGUAAGAAGUACAAGUGUGGCCUUCCGGGUUGUCCAACGAUUCUUCGUACUGCAACCGAGCUCAAGACCCAUCGAAGGUUGGUCCAUGACAACAUUGAGAAGCAGUAUUCAUGCCCUGAUUGCUCUUACGCGGCUAAAACGAAAACCCAAUUGCGCAGGCACAGAAUACGGCACGAAGAUUCCGCGAACACCGAGAAGGUUCAAAUCCAUUCCUGCACUUAUAAAGGCUGCAAUUUUAAGACGAAACUCGGUUCGAAUCUGCGGAGACACGUGCGACUGCAUACAGGUGUCAAACCAUACAAGUGUCGACAUUGUUCCUACGCCAGUAAUACUUUGGAAAAUCUUCGGAAGCACAUACUAUCGACGAAUCUACAUCCGGGUAAAACAAUCUACGAAUGCGAAUUUUGCAAAAAGGAAAAAGAAAAAAAGACGGUUCCAUUCUGUACGAAUUUUGCCAAAGAACUUCGUGCUCACCUGCUGGAAGCUCACAUUGAAGACUUUCCUACACCAAAUGAUGCGAACAACUAUACAAAUAACAUUUUUAAACCAAAUUAAUAAAGAAAAA